AAAGAGAAAAACUCCGUCUUUACUCUUUAGCUCUCUCUCACACACGCAGUACAAUAUCAAAUAGUGUUUAGACAUUUCUCUGUACUGUGUUUCUCCUUGAAGCAGAUCGUAUCUGCCUGCCUGCUGCUCUUUUUCCUUGCAUUAUGUAGAUUCCCUUCUCUCUCUCUCUCUCUCAAUAUCAUUACAACCUCAUUUUUCUCUUUUCACGCAACAAAAAAAAAAAAAAACUCUCCAAUGGUUUCCUUUUCUCUGCCAAAGAAACAAACAGUUGUAUCAAUGGAUUGGAGGAUUCAAUAGCGAAUAGUGAAAUAGAACACAAAAAUGAAGGGGGAAUCGUCAGGAUUGAUUAUCGGGAUUUCGAUAGGGGUGGUGAUUGGAGUGCUUUUGGCCAUUCUUGCUCUGUUUUGUUUUAGGUACCAUAGAAAGCGAUCGCAGAUUGGGAAUAGCAGUUCAAGGAGGGCAGCGACUAUCCCUAUCCGGGCUAAUGGUGCAGAUGCAUCUACUAUCAUGUCUGACUCGACCAUUGGUCCGGAUUCACCUUUGAAAGCAGGAAGAAAUGGUGUGUCCUUGUGGCUUGAAGGAUUUAAGAGGAGUAGCGUGGGUUCAGUUUCUGGGAUACCUGUGUAUUCUUACAAGGAUCUACAAAAGGCAACCUAUAAUUUUACAACACUAAUUGGACAAGGAGCAUUUGGUCCUGUUUAUAAAGCUCAAAUGACAACUGGUGAGACUGUUGCUGUUAAAGUUCUUGCAACUGAUUCAAAGCAGGGGGAGAAGGAAUUUCAGACGGAGGUUAUGCUAUUGGGAAGGCUGCAUCACAGAAACCUUGUGAAUUUGGUUGGAUAUUGUGCAGAAAAGGGCCAGCAUAUGCUUAUAUAUGUCUAUAUGAGUAAAGGCAGUUUGGCUUCUCAUUUAUACCGAGAAGACAUCAAACAUUUGAGCUGGGAUUUGAGGGUACAUAUUGCUUUAGAAGUAGCAAGGGGCUUGGAGUAUCUUCAUGAUGGGGCAGUUCCACCUGUAAUUCACCGGGACAUUAAAUCUUCCAACAUUCUGUUGGAUCACUGCAUGAGAGCCAGGGUAGCUGAUUUUGGGCUUUCAAGGGAAGAGAUGGUUGACAGACAUGCAGCUAAUAUAAGAGGAACUUUUGGGUAUCUCGAUCCUGAAUAUGUAUCUACAGGAACCUUCACAAAAAAAAGUGAUGUCUACAGCUAUGGAGUGUUGCUUUUUGAACUUAUAGCUGGCAGAAAUCCUCAACAAGGUCUUAUGGAAUAUGUUGAACUUGCAGCAAUGAAUACUGAGGGAAAAGUUGGGUGGGAGGAAAUAGUGGAUUCACGUCUGGAUGGGAAAUAUGAUGUUCAAGAGCUUAACGAAGUGGCAGCUCUAGCAUACAAAUGCGUCAACCGUGCCCCAAGAAAACGGCCUUCAAUGCGAGACAUUGUGCAAGUUCUUUCCAGGAUCCUCAAAUUGAGGCACAAUAAGAAGCAUCACAAGAAAUCCCUUUCUGCUGCCACAGCAGACGAAGUUUCAUUCGAUAUGGAUCAACAAGAAAUCAGAACUCCCGUCUCUGAUCGCCACCGGAGAGAGGAGUCGGUUGACAGUGCUGACACUUGUGAAGUAUAGAUGACUGUUUAAAAAAUCAGUUCAUUUGGGACAGUCCUUGGUUUUGGUUCGUGGUUUAUACAUGCAGUUCAGAAGGAGCCAGGCAAGCAGAUUUGUUGCAGUUCUGUUUUGGUUUUUUUUCUUUUUUGCCUGAGUGGGUUCGUAGUGCAGAGGAUCAGUUCAGUUUGUUUAUAGUUUUUUUUUUUGUACUUGUUUGUAACAUAACUAGGUCCUUUUCUUUCUCUUUCACUUGGGUAAGAUGACAUAUCCCUGAUUUUGUACAUGAAUGCUUUGAAUCAUGAAGGAAAAUUACACAUUUUUAA